AACCCCCACACCCAUACCCCAGCUCCCUCCCAUGCCUUCCUCUAACUUUAAACCAGAACCUAUCAGCUUGUGCAAGACGUUUAAGUGUGAGCCGUAACACAGUACAUGGAGAGACGAUGGGGCUGUGGCUGCUGCUGCUUCUUCUGCAUUUUCACCUUGUGUUGUGUGUUUUCCUUCCUGCACCUUUCAACGUUUCCAUCUCAUCUUUCAACUUGGAGCACACACUCAGCUUCCUGCCAGGUGCCCAAACGCCCUCAGAUGCCAGCUUCACUGUUCAAGUCCUGCGCUCCAGGAAGAACUCGUGGAGACCAGUGGCUGCUUGUUUGGAACUGAAGGUGGGACAGAUGUGUAACCUAACCAAAGCAUUCAAGGACCUGUUCGAUCACUACCGAGCCCGUGUCCAGGCUGUUACACCCAACAAGACAUCCAACUGGACUGUAUCAGGAUGGUUUCAGCCUGUGUCAGACACCGUGUUGGGACCUCCUGAUUUGUCUGUCUCUGGCUGUGGGAACUGUUUGAUCCUACAGCUCAGACUUCCUGCAGCUACGGUGCUCAGACAGAACCUGCAGCUGAAGGACCUCUACAGAGAAUUUGUCUUCCAUGUGCAAAGAACCAGGGAUGCAACACAGUUCAGACUGAAUCUACCUUAUGAAGAGGAGACUGUGAUUACGUACCUGCAGCCAGGUGUGGAGUACUGUGUGACUGUCUCUGUCACAUCACUCUUUAACUCCAUUACUGUCCCCAGUAAGCCUCAGUGUGCGUUCACCAGCCCUCCUUCACAAAGAAGCUCACUUCCUGUGGUCUUCAGCCUGGUGGGUGUGUUCUCUGUGCUGGCGUUCCUCCUCAUGGGACUAGUUGUCUACGGCAGUCAGCUGAGCUUCAAAUUACUAAGCCAGCGCAUACCCAGAACUCUGGUAACACAUCCAACGGUGUCUGCUGGGACCUGUAAAAUCAAAUGUUCAUUAUCACAUCAAAAUUUGCUCUAAAAAUACUUAAGUAUGCAUAGAGUACAUUUGUGUCAACAUAUCUGACCCACUUAUGUGAGUAGUUGAAUUCUAAACUAACUGAAGGAAUUAUUAAACAUUUUAUUAUUAGCCAUAUAAAGCAUUAAGUACUGAUUAAGAGAUCAAUCAGUCAGUCAGCUGAAUAUAUAUGGAAAAUAUUUAUCAGUUUAAGUUAAUGAUCAUGUGUCAAGGCAUCUAAAUGUUAAACCAUAGCUUUUGUUUCAAAAUAAUUUGCAUCCACAUUAGUCUUAUGAGAUUAUCUUUUAGAGACUUCGGCCCCCUAUGAAAAUAUCAAAAGACCUGAAUUUCUGCUUUUGUCCUGUUUUCAUUUGACCAACAACAAAACUGCAUCACAUCUGGUAAAGAGUGGGACCACUGACUGCACUGAAGCCAGCUGGUCAAAAUAUUAAGAACUUAAUUUGAAAAACUGCACUUGGGAAAGGUUUAGUAGAAUUUAAAAAAUUUGGCUCAUGUCUAUUGACUUCAUAUAAAGAUUUCAAAGGUCAGUGUGGCUGCUUCAACCAUUACCAUGUUGGCAGUGCCUGACUUCCUGAAUCUGAGCUAGUCCACAAAGAAGCAAAGAGGUGGAGCAUAAGUGGAAUUGAGGCAGACAAUUAACACCUAUGGGCUAUAGACUGUCUUAUGACAGCAUCCACCUGCCACUGCGUAAUAUUAAGCCCAAAUAGAUUGUUCCCUAUUAUAGAGGUUUUUUUUGGUUCCCUUUCACUUCUGACUGCUUGCUCAUAGAUAAUCCAAAGGCAACUUUGCAUUGUUGGGUUCCAUUCUGUUUAUAAUUCCUAAGGUCUGUACCUUACAAUGCUAAAUGUUGUGAGAUGAUAUAUGUGAAUUGGCGUUAUAUAAAUUGAAUUUUAACGAGUCAAUUCACAUUGUACUAACAAGUAAGUUAUGUAUAUUCCUGUGCCAUAGAGGUCCAUUGUUAGAUUUUACUAUAAGCACAUCAGUGAAUCACAAUGCUGACUUACAUAUUCCUUUAUUGCCAUGGACUGCCAUGGGGUGCUGGACCCAGGUGCAGACACAGGAGCAGGCAGAGACAGGUGGUUAAUGUGCAGAAAGGAUUUAUUAACAAAGUAAAUACAAACCAAUGUGAAAAGGGAGAACUAAACAGGAGAGGAGAACCGAACAGUGACUAAGAAAACCCUUAAGGUACUUGUCCACAGGAUCCGUCAAUUUCCUGCAUCCCAUUCAUUGUCUAUGUGAAACACAUGCUGGUUCCAUUCAAGUGCAUUUCAAACUGUGAUCCAGUGCAUCUCCCUGCAGCUCAUUUGCUUAAAGUUGACUUGACUUCUACUUUAUGCAAAUUUGGUGUGGCAAACGGAGGUCCAACUCAACGUGAAACUUUCCUCAAACAUUUAAACUAGGCGAGACUGAAAUAAAAAGAGGACAGAUUCAGCAACUGCACAGCUUAUUUCUUGCCUCAGAUGCUUUCGGAAAUACUUUUUGCUUGAUUGUUUUUGAAAUAAAAGAGAAAAUUUGCAACCGAGUUGCCAUGUUGGUCCGACGCAUCUGCCUGACUGAAGCUCAAGCGCUGUCAUAUGACCACGUAGUGGCCCACGAGUGCACGGCCACCAAGUGGGCGAUUUUCAGAUGUGGUGCAUUUACAUGCGAGAAAAACUGAUCCUGUGGACACGUACUAUAAAGUAGACUUGACUUCUACUUUAUGCAAAUUCAGUGCGGGGAACGGAGGUCCGACGUGUCAUGAAACUUUUGUCAGCUAGACGUUGUUGAACUAAAAUGAGGACAUAUUCAGCAACUGCACAGGUUGUUUCUUGCCCCAAAUGCUUUCAGAAAUACUUUUCGCUGAGCCGGCUUUUAUGGAACAGGUGAUGAGGCAGGUGUGCUGAUCCGCAGUUGUCCGGAGUUCCUGGUGAUUUCAUUAGCUGAUGAGUCACAGUCGCAGGAGAGCAGCUCAGACAAGGAGAGUGAGCAGAGUGUUGAGGGGAAAGAGAGGGAGGACAGAAAGAGGGAGGUAAAAGGAGGUCAGGUGGGGCAAGAUUCAGAAAACGGGCAGGAGGCUUGACACUGGAAGAAGCUUCCUUUGGGAAACAGACUAGCACCUUAGUAUUGGUCUUUUCAUGAAAUUGUUGACAAUAAGGAAAUUAUACAGAGACACCAGGGUUAUGUUGAAAAACUGUAACAGACAUUUUUUCCCCUCAAUAUUUGAUAUUAGAUAUAUAAUAUUUAAUUAUCUGAGAUUACUGAUAAUAUUUAUUCAUUUUUGAAUGUGGGGACAAAUGAACAAGCCACUAGUGUCCAGCCAAGAUGUAUUCAUAAACAGAUUACUCUUCCUGUGGUAAUAAAUAUUCUGGCCAAUAUUUCUGCAGGUUUGAAAGGGGAAUAAAGAGCCCAAAAUGAGACUUUAAUUAGAAUAUUAUCAGCAGCAUCUAAGCAUGACUGUCUGACUCUCUUAUCUCCAGUAACACAUCUUCCAGACCCGAAGAAGCCCGCGACCUGAAUUCUUAAAUCAGAUCUCAGCCUACAUGAUAGAGGCUCCUCCGACUGCCUGAGGUGGAAAUCAGAGGGACCCAACUGAGGCUAGAAUCCAGAAGAGGUUGUUUCAGUGGAACUAGUAUGGCUGACUAGUUGUGAGACUUGGAGGUUAAAGUUGAGGGUAAAGUUGAUGUAUUAGUAUUAGAGGGAGAUGUUUUUAGAAAUUGUUACAAUCCAGUCAAUGGUUUGUAUUUACUCACACUCUACAUUUAUUGAGGUGGAUUACUGUCUGUUAUUAAAGCUGUUACAUAGCUUUUAUAACCAAGAGAAAGUCUAUAUCACAUGACUAGGGGCAGGAACUGAAAAUCACGUCUUAUAAAUAAUGUCUUAGUGCCUAAGUGUCAUUUCUGUUUGAAGUUACUGUAAAGUAUUAUCUUUCUUUCCCAUUAACCAUUCUCAAUUAGCAAAGGAUGCUAUUCUUUAUAACCUUGUUACUUAUACUGAUAAGGCUACGGUCUUGCAAGACGAAAGUGUGACUUUUAAUUCCAAUUCUGAUCAGGAUGAUGGCUUCAUUAAACUGGAACACCUCCCUCACGAAUGUAAAGACAUUUGGUGUACAUAUGUGACAUUUAAUUUCAAUCCAAUGUUCUUUGAAUAUAGGAUAUCAAAGAACCUCACUGUGUGUGCAUUCUCAUUUAGUUCCAGUUCUUUCAUAAUCAUUUUCUCAAUAAAGAAAACUGAAGUCAGUAAACGGACAGCGUGGAGAUUUACUAACAGUACUCAAAUAUCUUUUUUUUUAAUUGUCGAAGUUUACUCAUAGAAGGUAUAGAAAAGACAGACAUAGCACCUGUGAUGUCACCUUAGUCUGUGUUUGUGGAGAAUGAUUAUGAAGCCUCAAAUUUGGAAAUUGGCCGUCACUAUCUUGCUCUUUUGAAUCUGGAUGUAACAAGCAAGGGAUGGAUCUGACUGAGAACUCAAAGACACUGUGCACACUAAAUACAGCAGGAACCUUUCAACCACAAAGAAGUUCUGGCCUACAACAUACAGUUCUUUCUUGUCUAUUUUCCUCUAAAUUAGAUUAGAUUUUUUAUUAGAUUAAUUUUUUUUUUUUUUUUUUGCCACAUGCGCAUACAGUAUGGCAGUGAAAUGCAGUGACUGUCCACCAGGCUUUAUCAAUACAAAAUGUUAAAAUAGGUAAAAAAUAUAAAAUACAAAAGAAAAAUACAAAUAAUACAAAUAGGUAAUAUUAUAAUAUACAAGAAAUACAGACAGGUAAAAUUGUAGUAUUAUAUGAUAUGUACACAGUGCAAAAGGUAGCAGAUGAGCAAAAGAAAGAAUGUGCAUUCACAGAGAAUGUGCAGUCUGUGUGAUGUGCAUGUGCAAUGUUGCAAUAUUUACAAUUCUGUGUUUAUAGUUCUUGUCUGUGAGAUGCUGACUGGAGGUCAGAGUUGACAGUCCUGACAGCUUGAGGGAAAAAGCUCCUCCUGAGUCUCUCUGUUUUCGCCUUGAUAAGGUGUCAGCCAGGGCGCAGCCACUCGAACAGUGUGUUGUGAAGGUGGUGAGGAUCCUUCAUGAUCCUGUUUGCCCUGACCAUGCUCCUCCUGGUGUGGAUAUCCUGGAGGGUGGAGAGUGUUAUACCCAUGGUACGCUCUGCUGACCUCAGCACCUUCUGCAGGGCUCGUGGGUCAUGACCAGUGCUGUUCCCAUACCACUGGGAGAUGUUUUCAGUAAGUACACUCUCCACCACUCCAGAGUAAAAAGCCCUCAUUGAUGUUCAAAGAGACUCAGAGCUUCUUCAGCUGUCUGAGGUGAUAGAGGCGCUGCUUUACCUUCUUCACCAAACUGUUAAUGUGUGGUGUCCAUGAUAGAUCCUCAGAGAUAUGCACUCUCAGGUACUUAAAACUGCACACCCUCUCAACAAGUGUCCCAAUCCUCAGUGAGGUGUAGUUCCUCUGCUGUCUCCUCCCAAAGCCCACAGUCAGCUCCUUGGUUUUGCUGAGGUUCAGAAGCAGGUUGUUGUCUUGGCACCACUUUGACAGGCUUUUAACCUCCCCUGUGUAUGCCCGCACAUCACUGUUGCUGAUGCAACCGGCCACCACCAUGUCAUCUGCAAAUUUCGCGAUGGUGUUGGAGGUCCUUGUGGCCACACAGUCAUGGGUGUACAGGAUGAAGAACAAGAGGCUGUUGGUUUCAAUGUUGAGGGUGCGGAAGCUGUAGGUUUGUCUGCCCACAUGGACCACCUGAGUUCUAUCUGACAGAAAGUCCAAGAUCCAGGCACACAGCAGAGGUGUUGAGCCCCAGGCUGGUCAUCUUGAUGUGGAGUUUGGUCGGGACUAUGGUGUUGAAGGCUGAACUAAAAUCAAUGAACAGCAGUCUCAUAUAGUCCCAGUCUCGCCGGUCCAGGUGGGUGAGGGUCGUAUGCAGAACCUGGGAGAUGGUCUAUGGAUCGGUUUGGCUGGUAAGUGAACUGAAGUGGGUCCAGAGACUCAGGCAGCGAUGCGCAGAUGUGAGUCCUGAUGAAUCUCUUGAAGCACUUCAUCACUUCUGAGAUGAGGGCCACUGGGCAAUAGUCAUUAAGGCAGGCUGGAGAGGCAUUCUUUGGUACAGGGACAAUGGUGGCUUUCUUGAGGCAUGUUGGGACCACAGACUUACUCAGGGAGAGGUUGAAAAUGGAUGUGAGCACUGGGGCAAGCUGAUCAGUGCAGGGCCUUAGCACUCUUCCAGAGAUUCCGUCUGGUCCUGCUGCCUUCCUGGUGUUCACCCUCCUCACAUUGUGCUCCGAAACAGUGGCUGUGGGCUUGUCUGCUGCCUCGGCUAGCAUGACGGCAGCAGCUGUACUGACGCCAGCAUUGAACUGCGCGUAAAAGGUGUUCAGGUCAUCAUCCAGAAUGGCGCCCCACUCACUGGGAUGUGGGAUCUUCCCCUGAAGUUGGUGAAGGUCUGCAGUCCUUGCCACAAGCUCCUGAGAUCAUGCUGUUGGAACUGUGAUUCCACUUUGUCCCUGUACCUCCGUUUAGUGUCCUUCACUGCCCGUCCCUAUGAGGGCGCUUUAUAUUCCUCAAACCUGCCCGUGAGAAGCGUCGAGUUGUAGGCAGCGUUGCGCUUGUUCACAGCGGUACGAAUAGUCUUAUCCACCCACAACUUCUGGUUGACCUGAACGGUCACCAUGGGAACGGCAUCAUCUACCAGCAUUAAUAUGAAGUCCGUCGUCACCUUCAUAAACUCGUUCACGUCCUUCUAGCUGGAUUGGAACAUAUCCCAGUUGACGUCAUGCAGCACGUCCUGCAGCGUAGACUCUGAUUGGUCAUUCCAGCGCCUGAUCUGCCUCAUUAUAACCUCUUCCUGUUCUAUCUGUGCAUUGUAGUUUGGCACCAGGAAAAUGCAGGUGUGGUCUGACUUGCUGAGUGGAGGCAGGGGGAUUGCCUUGCAGCCAUCUAUGAAUGGAGUGUAGCAGGGGUCUAGUAUAUUGUCCCUGGUGGAGCAUGUGAUAUGUUGAUAAAAGUCGUUGUGGACUUGCGGUGGGAUGUACACAGCAGUCACAAUGACCGAUUUGAACUCACUGGGUAGGUAAAAGGGGCUGCACAGGAUGGAAAGGUGCUCCAGGUCUGGCGAGCAGGAGUCAGAGAGUGUUUGAAUGUUCCCGGGGUUACACCAUCUGUUAUUGGUCACAAACUCCUCCACCUUUGGACUUGGCAGAUUCUUCUAUCCUGUCCUUGCGGAACACAGAAAAUGACACCAAGGUGGCGUGAUCCGGCACCAGAGGAGUGAGCCAUGUUUCAGUCAUUACAAUUCCUCAUGUCCUCUUGGAAUCUAAUCCAACCCCUGAGCUCAUCCAACUUGUCCAGAGACUGGACAUUGGAGAGUAGGAUGUUGGGCAGGGGUGGACAAUGGGUUUGGGAUCUUAGCCUGUUCCGAAUCCCACUUCAUUAUCCUCAGUGCUUUCUCCUCCUUCGGGCAUUGUUGUCCCCCUCUGUUGCCCUGCAUCAGAUCUCAACUGGCCAAUUCUGAUCACCAAGAAAAGGAUCAAAAACUUUGUUGUGACCAUUUCCCUUAUGUACAAAAGUGUACCGCGUAACGUAUAGACUUCCAUACAAUUAGUCUUCUAUGCCAACAGAAGAGAUGCUUCUUGCUGGCUGUGGGAAAGAAUGCAGGUUUGAGGCUCUACUGCAAUGGAUUCACUUGUUAGACAUGGAACUUAUGCCCAUCUUUUAUUUAGAGUCCAUGAGUUUACUUUUAACUUGUUUAAGUCAUUUUAAAGAAUUUCUUACACUUGCUAAUGUUGAAGAGGUUGUUCAUCUUGUUUCAGUUUUUCUCAAUUGAUAAGACACUAAAUUCCAUUCACUGCACACAGCCACCAACUGACUGCACACAUUUCUCAAAAACAGGACUCUGUUGUCAAAAUUUUGAACACUACUCAUGGUUUGCACACAGUUUCCAAAACUCUUGCACUCUUUUUGCAAAAGACUGAACACAUUUUUUUGCUCAUUUGAACACACUUUUCACUCAUAGCAUACAUUUUUCAAAAAGUGAACACUAGGAAGCAGAAGUGGGACACUGUUCCAACACUGCUGUCAUAAUUAAGACACAACAGGUCAAAACUGAAAACACUUUUGCCAAUGAAGUGCACACUAUAAAACCUGCUGGGAAGCAGAAUUAGCUGUUCAGAAUGGAUGUCAGAGGAGCAAGAGGUCAUGUUGGAAGAAGAGGACGUGGACGACCCAGACCACGGCCAGAACCAGAACCAGAACCUGGACCUGCCCAUGCACCUGGUCCUGGACCACUUUACAUGGAAUGUAAAUGUUGUUUGUCACUUCAGUGACGUCUAUACUGGAACAAUACAAGCAGUCAGAAAUGUUCUGAGAGUACUGUAAAAAAUCUAAUGCAUAAUUCUGGUUCACAAGUGCUGGUAAAAUUACAGAAAGUGUACAUGACUGACUUUUUCUCUGUUUGGUGUGUGUUUGUUCCAGAGAGUUUUUUAGCUGGAUUCUGAUGAUACACAUGAAUACAUCCAUGUGGAUGAGGCUGGUUUCAACCUGGCCAAGAGGAGGAGAAGAGGAAGAAACAUCAUUGGACAACAGGCUAUAGUCAACGUCCCAGGUCAGCGUGGGGCAACGUAACCCUCUGUGCUGAUAAGCGAUCUUGGAGUAAUUGACCGUCAUGCAGUUCUGGGCCCGUAGAACACCCAGCAAUUGUUGACUUUCCUAGAUGGACUUGGUGAGGUCCUACUGACACAGGUGCAGCAGGGCGUUUGGCAUGAAUACAAGGUUUUUGUUGUUGUCUGGGACAAUGUGAGAUUGAUUCGGGAAUGGUUCAAUAUGAACCCUCAAGUUAUUGUGGUUUUUCUGCCACCAUAUUCUCCCUUUCUGAAUCCUAUAGAAGAAUUCUUCUCUACAUGGAGGUGGAAGGUAUAUGAGCGGCAGCCAUACUCUCUUGCAAUCAGUGGUCUGGGCAUAUGGUGAUGUUUCUGUUGAUGCAUGUCAGGGCUGGAUCAGACACACUAGGUCCUUCUUUCCACGGUGCCUGGCCAGAGAAAACAUAGCUUGUGAUGUUGAUGAGGUCCUGUGGCCUGACCAGGCUUAAAGAAUUGAUGCAGAUGUGGUGUAUAUAUUUGCAUACUGUGUACAGUACAGUGCUGUAUUUUUUGUCUAACAUUAUUUUUAUUUUGUAAUGUACAGUCAGGCACUGCAAUGGUCCCGUCUGAUUUAUUUAUAGGAUGCAUUUGUGUUUAAGUUGUCAUUUUUUAAGGCCUGUAUCAUUUUUUUACACUUCACGUGAAAACACAGUGAGAGAAGAGUGUGUUGUAUUUAGCAGUGCAGUGUCCUACUUUUGCUUCGUGUGUCUUAAUUUUGAAAACAAAGUUCAAAUUUUGACAAUAAAAUGUGCUUUUG